UGAAGUUGCUUGCUCCAGGCUUUCUUCUCCUCCUCUUCUUCCUCCAAACCAAGAUGAAGCUCAUGAUGAAGCUCUUCGGCAGCGGUUUCAACUCCUCCGAAUGCAAAGAGACGGUGGAGACAGUGGCGGUAAAAGCGCGAUUCUUGCAAAAGAAGAAACAAGAUGAGGUGGCGAAGAUGAAGAGUGACAUCGCAAGUCGCCUUCGGGCCAGCGAAGACCCCAUUACCGGCCCUGCUCAUGUCCUUAUCAAACGGGUUAUAAGAGAGCAGAACGUUUCCGUUGCAUACGAAUUCAUCGAGGCCUUCUGCGAUUUGGUUGUGGACAGACUGUCGACCAUCAAAGAGGUGAGGGAAUGUCCAGAGAACUUGAAAGAAGGGAUAAGUAGUCUAGUCUUUGCAGCCAAAAAGUGCUCUAAUGAGAUUCCAGAACUGGUGACACUAAGGAAUAUUUUCAGGAAGAAAUAUGGAAAGACUUUUGUCUCUGCGGCUACGAACAUACGACCCAAUUGUGGUGUGGAUACCACGAUGAUGAAGAAGCUUGCAGAUACAAAUCCUCAAGGUGACGAAAAAAUGAAAAUUGUGCAAGAAAUAGCAGAUAAAUACGGUAUUCAUGGAUCAAUGGGUAGAGAUUGCAGGAAACAACUGCAAUGCUUUGGUCAAAGUAAUAUAGAAGACCACAAACGUCUUAGCUACCAAUUAAGCUAAUGUAAAGAUUGAUCACUGUUACCUUUUUUAAUUUUUUUUUUAUUUCAAUCGAAGUAUUAUAGUUGUUUCCUCA